ACUGGACUUUCUUCCUGUCUUCACGUCUUGAGCCAUAAAGCGUUUUAUAUGUCUUACAAAACUUUAAAAAACUAAAAUGACAGAGGAAAGAAAUUUCCGACAGUAUUAUUAUAAAAAGUGUGGAUUUCGUCUGGAAGAUGAGGUGGAAGAAAAAAAAUCUGUUGAGAUUCUGAGCUUGUUAAAAGAACCGUUUUUAGAUGCCGAUAAAUUGAGACAUUUCUGUCUACGUUUCUCUCUUCCGGCUAUGUACAGAUUGAUGGUUUGGAAAGUUCUCCUAGGAAUUUUACCAACAAGUCAAGAUUCACAUAAAUUUGUAACAGAUCAGAGAAAUCAACAGUAUAAAGAUAUCCACCAUGGUUUAACGGUUUUACGUAGAAUCUCUAGUCAAACACCGGAAGAAGAAAUUCUCUUCAAGAUGUAUCUUUUAGACCAGGGUUGUCUCCCCUUUGAGGAAACUAAUAUGAGACGUGAUCCAAGAUAUAGUGGGUUUUUAUCAAUAGCCCGAGGGGUGUGUAGUUUAACGGAUGAUAGAAUAGAACAAUACUGGAUCUCCACCAAAUUCUUCUCCUAUUUUCAUCAGUUAGACGAAGAUUUCCAAUCAAUGGUUGAUAAAACUGUGAUCUGUUUAAAAAAAGAAGACUGUGAUUUAAAGUUAUUCCAUCAUUUGGAGCAGAAUAAUGUAUUAGAUUAUCUCCCUUUAAUAGACUGGUUUCGAGGUUGUUUUGGUGAUGUCUUACCAGAAACAUCAUUUGAAAGGAUCUGGGAUAAAGUGAUUGGUGGAUCUCUGACUAUUUUAAUCUAUGUUGCUGUUUCUAUUUUUCUCACCUUUAAAAGACCGUUAUUAAGUAUGAACAAUACAGAUGAUAUGAUCACAUAUCUUAAAAAGAUACCAACAGACUGUGGUGAUAGAGUGGUCAACGAUGCCCUGGAAACGUGGCAGAAAAAUGGUGGUUAUUUAAUCCAACCAGACACAGACAUACAUUUAGAUAAAUCAUUAUGAUAAAUAUAUCUUACCAACAGUUCGCAGAAAUUUCUGUUUUUACCUGUCUCGAGAUGACACAAACAACAUCAUAGGUGAAACAUGAAAGUAUUUAUUUAAUUAAUUCAACUUGUGAAGUUGUUUUGAGAUGGAUACUUACUCCAUUUGAAAAAUGUUACUUGUGUAAACUGGAUUGAAUGUAGAUAUACACAUUGUCCAGGAUAACAUAUACAUGUGUAGCAACAUCAUUUUCAAUAAUUGCUCUCAGUUUUAACGACGUGUAUAACAGUGUUGGUUGACUCUGAAUCUUAAUACAGUCCUAUUAACAACCAGCUAAACAAUCCUAAGUUUGAAAAAAACAUCCUGAAAUACAAGCUACUUAUAGAAGAACAAUUACUGAGUUAUUAACAUGCAACAUUUUGACGAAGCCACAGUGACUCACAGAGUAAGGCAUUGGCUCGCUAACAUGGAAGUCACCUGUUCCUUCGCUGCGUUGGCCGAGAAAGUUCAUCAGGAUUUUCCAGCGUGGUUCCAACUUGCCAGUGAUGCAGGACAGAGGGCCUGGCAUGUGCAUAAAAGAAACCUUGACAGUUGGAAUUAGAUAUAAGAGUAAACCAUACUGCCACUGCCCGGGCAAAAUUUCCCUCAGAGCACUCCUUAUGGCGUAUGCCCGUCUUCAUUAGCUCAGUCGGAGCAGAAAAGUAGGACGUUAAAUAUCAUUUCAUUUUAUUUUCAUUUCAUUUUUUCUUUAUCAAGUAAUUGAUACUAAAUGCCAGUCAAAGAAAUCCUGAACAUGCCUGGGUUUAAAAAACAUCCUGAAAUACCUUGAUCCAUAUUUUGGAUUUUAGGUGACUAAUUCCACAUAAGUUAGAUGGAUGAGUCUGAAUUUCAGAUAUUUUACUGCUUUAUGAUCAGUAGACCAAUCUCAUCCCUCUCACAAAGACAAAAGUUGUAGAGCUGUUUGCCAACAUAUAUAACAUGUACAUUAUUAGUUCAUACCCAAUCUAUCAACUAGAUAUUGUUCUGUAGAUAACAUACCAUGGUUAACGUACUCUUUUAUGAUUAGCAGACCAAUCUUAUCCCUCUCACUAAGACAAAAAAUGCAGAGCUGUUUGCUAAUAUAUAUAUUCUUAACAUGUACAUUCUCAGUUAAUACCUAAUGUGUCAACUAAAUGUAUAUUAACAUUCUUAUGCAAAUCAUCAACUAGAUAUUGUACUUUAGAUAAAGUACCUAACUCACAUGCCGCUAUGUAUAAUGAGGUAUAAGAAUGAGUUAAUAUUGGUAUGUACUUCACACUGUAUAGACAGAAUGGUUACUGACUAGAUAUUGUAUUUUAUCUACAUGACUUACAUGUGGUUUAAAAGUUGUUUUGAGAUGGAUACUUACUCCAUUUGAAUAGACAGAAUGGUUACUGACUAGAUAUUGUAUUUUAUCUACAUGACUUACAUGUGGUUUAAAAGUUGUUUUGAGAUGGAUACUUACUCCAUUUGAAUAGACAGAAUGGUUACUGACUAGAUAUUGUAUUUUAUCUACAUGACUUACAUGUGGUUUAAAAGUUGUUUUGAGAUGGAUACUUACUCCAUUUGAAUAGACAGAAUGGUUACUGACUAGAUAUUGUAUUUUAUCUACAUGACUUACAUGUGGUUUAAAAAAAACUUUCUGUAUAUUAACAUUCAUAUGUAAAUCAUCAACUAGAUAUUGUACUUUAGAUAAAGUACCUUCCUCACAUGUAUAUUAACAUUCAUAUCUACACGACUUACAUGUUAAAUAACUCUGUGCUUUUAAACACCUUCUGUAUGUUAACAUUCAUAUGUAAACAAUCAACUAGAUAUUGUACUUUAGAUAAAGUACCUAACUUACAUGCAUCGUUGGAUUCUUACUACUCUAUUUAGUGUUAAUAUCCGCAUUGUUACUGACUAAAUAUUGUAUUUUAUCUACACGACUUACAUGUUAAAUAACUCUGUGCUUUAAAACACCUUCUGAACAUUCAUAUGUAGGCUAAACAAUCAACUAGAUAUUGUACUUUAGAUAAAGUACCUUCCUCACAUGCUGCGCUGUAUUCUUACUGUCUUUAGUGUUAAUAUCCGCAUUGUUACUAACUAGAUAUUUUAUUUUAUCUACAUGACUUACAUGUUAUCUACAACAGUGAAAUAACGGUGUACGGUUGCUAUAACCUGUUGUAUUAACACUCAUGUGUAAAUCAUCAACUAGAUAUUGUACUUUAGAUAAAGUACCUUCCUCACAUGCUGCGCUGUAUUCUUACUGUCUUUAGUGUUAAUAUCCGCAUUGUUACUAACUAGAUAUUUUAUUUUAUCUACAUGACUUACAUGUUAUCUACAACAGUGAAAUAACGGUGUACGGUUGCUAUAACCUGUUGUAUUAACACUCAUGUGUAAAUCAUCAACUAGAUAUUGUACUUUAGAUAAAGUACCUUCUAGACAUGCCAUGUGUUGUAUUGUACGAACCGUACAAUAACACCUUUAUUGAAAAAAAAUACUUAUAAUUUCUUUAUUCUUAUUAUGUACAUCUACAUGCAAACAAUCAACUAGAUAUUGUACUCUAGAUAAAGUACUAAACAUACAUGCUACAUGUGGUAUUUUAUGAUUAUAACCUGAAAUAGGAGGAUUUAGCUUUAAUAUAUUUUAUCUUUUCAUCUGAUUCAGUGUCUGAUAACCUACAAUAAUCUAGAGGUGUUUGACCAUCUUCUCUCUUAACAUUUACAUCUAGAUGUUAAUUAUCAACUAGAUAUUGUACUCUAGGUAAAGUACCACGCAUACAUGUACAUCUAGAUGUUAAUUAUCAACUAGAUAUUGUACUCUAGAUAAAGUACCACAUAGUAUUGUAUUAUUAUUUCAAUGAUAUAUAGUAAUUGAACCGGGAUAUAUACAGGUCGCAAUUCUAUGGAAUACCAUUUUCCUGAAGCAACGACUGCAAGUUUUACAACAUCUGGACGUUGCUAUAUUACUUUAUAAUUCCCGAACUUUUAGCUACGUUAUCUGCAGACACGUAAACAGUAGUGUCCAAUCAGAGGUUGUGACAUAGCGACCUCCACGGAAACCUUGACAUUGAACGAACCUUGAGCUUUGCAACUCGAUUAUCACAUGUAGACAUUUCAGAUGAAGAACGUGAAAUAUGGUAUUGGCGAUGAUGAUUGGGCGAAUACCCAAUCGAAAUUAGUGCCGAAAUAUGCAGGGUAUUACGUGACGACCUUGAUAAGAUGUACAUAGUUAAAGCUAGAUCAAGCCUUCUAUUGAAGAUGAUGGAAUACAUGUGCUGUUCAUUAUUGAGCGACAUUUCACUGCUUGAUAAAGGCAAGUGAAGCCUAAUUAAAACAUCAUUCAGUAAUAACCAGUAAUUGUAUUCCUCAGAAUUGUUCCCUGUAUAUAAGAUUGUAUUAUUAAAACUAUCGAUACCUGUCCACAGAUUUCCCCCCAAAAAACUUUUAUUAUCAAAAAAAAAAUUCACACCUAAAUAUAUAUUAUGACAUUUCAAUUUUAAAUUUCAAAUUAACAGAAAUUUAUUAAUAGUUUGCGUGAGUUCUUCUCUAAGAUCAAAAUAUUGUACUGCUUGGGUAGGAACAUCUUUUUUGCUCUCGGGCCAUCCAUUGAGUAUAAGAGUUUUUAACUUCUUGUAAUGCUGUAUCUUUCCACGUUUCACUGGCUAUUUGAUCAUGACAACUAUUAGCUAAAGUAUCUACUAUACAAACCAUUAGUUCUUCGUCUUCCAUCUCUGGAUCUGUUUUAUUUUCUGACAACCGUUUUAAGCAAUCGGCUAAUCCAAUAGAUUUGCCUUUUGUAUAAUUUAAAGUAAAAUGAUAUGGAUGUAAUUUUAACAUCAUUCUCUGAAUUCUCAUCUGAAUCGGUUUUCGAAAUAAACGCUCUAAUGGUUUCUGAUCACUUUCAAUUCUAACAUCUUUCUUCCCAUAUAUCAACUUGUGAAAUCUGGAGCAUCCAAAAACUACAGCUAACAUUUCUUUCACUAUCUGAACAUACUUUUGUUCUGUUACCGUUAAUGAUCUGGAUGCAUAUGCAAUUAUUCCAUCUUCUUGUAUAAUUGCUGCUCCUUAUGCUUUGGUUGAUGCAUCUACACUAAGUAAAACUGGUUUGGUCAAACCGUAAUAUUCAGACUGGCGCUGAAAUUAAGGCUUGCUUGAUUUUUUUUCAUAUGCGUCUUUUUCAUCUGAACCCCAUGUCCAUUCUGGGUUGGUUUUCAAUUCGCGUAAUGGCGCAUUUAUAUGGCUUAAAUUUGUUCCAAAUUUAGAAACAUAGGCAAUCAUGCCCAUAACGGUUUCUAACUCGUAUAUGGUUUUCUGGAUCUUUUUUGAUUAACGAUGGAAUCGAUGCGUGUAGGUAAUGGUUUCAAUCCCUUUUGCGUUAGUAUAUGUCCUAAGUAAUUUACUUCUGUUUGCCCUAAUUUGGUUUCUGUGGACUGAAAUUUAAAUUAUGUUCAAGUCUAUUGUUAUGUUCUUCAAUGAUUGUACCAUGUACUAAAACAUCAUCCAUCAUGAUUUUUACAUCAUUUAAAUCUCCAAAAAGUUAUUGCAUCGCUCUCUGAAAUACUCUAGGUGCACUACUGAUUCCCAAAGGCAUUUGAAGAUGUCUAUAUCUACCAAAAGGUGUAUUAAAAGUUGUAUAUUUUGAACUAUUAUCUGAUAAUUUAAUUUGGUAAAAACCCAUAUUUGCAUCUAAAACACUAAAAUAUUUGCUGCCUUUUAAUUUUGUAACAAUAUCAUCAAUAUAAUUUAAAGGAAAAGCUAUAGGACAUUACAGAAUGGUUACUGACUAGAUAUUUUAUUUUAUCUACAUGACUUACAUGUUAAAUAACUCUGUGCUUUUAAAAACCUGUCUGUAUAUUAACAUUCAUAUGUAAACAAUCAACUAGAUAUUGUACUUUAGAUAAAGUACCUUCCUCACAUGCCGCCUUGUAUUCUUACUACUAUCUCGAGUGUUAAUAUCAGAUUCUUUACUGACUAGAUAUUUUAUUUUAUCUACAUGACUUACACCUGAUUUACAACAGUGAAAUAACUGUGUGUGGUUUAAAAAAAAACUUUCUGUAUAUGAACAUUUAUGUGUAAACAAUCAACUAGAUAUUGUACUGUAGAUAAAAUACCUUCUAGACAUGCCACGUGUUGUAUUGUACGAACCGUACAAUAACACCUGUAUUGAAAAAAAAUACUUAUAAUUUCUUUAUUCUUAUUAUGUACAUCUAGAUGCAAACAAUCAACUAGAUAUUGUACUGUAGAUAAAAUACCUUCUAGACAUCCCUCGUGUUGUAUUGUACGAACCGUACAAUAACACCUUUAUUGAAAAAAAAUACUUAUAAUUUCUUUAUUCUUAUUAUGUACAUCUAGAUGCAAACAAUCAACUAGAUAUUGUACUCUAGAUAAAGUACUAAACAUACAUGCUACAUGUGGUAUUGUAUGAUUAUAACGCGAAAUAGGAGGAUUUAGCUUUAAUAUAUUUUAUCUUUUCAUCUGAUUCAGUGAAUGAUCCCCUACAAUAAUCUAGAGGUGUUUGACCAUCUUUAUUCUUAUUAUGCACAUCUAGAUGCAAACAAUCAACUAGAUAUUGUACUCUAGGUAAAGUACCACGCAUACAUGUACAUCUAGAUGUUAAUUAUUAUACUCUAGAUAAAGUACCACAUAGUGUUGUAUUAUUCUUUCAGUGAUAUAUAGUAAUUAAACUGGAAUAUAAACAGGUCACAAUUCUAUGGAAUACAAUUACUGCUCAUUACUGAGCGACGCUUCACUGCUUGAUCAAGCCUAAUCAAAACGUAGCUCAGUAAUAAGCAGUAAUUGUAUUUCAUAGAAUUGUGGCCUGUAUAUGGGAUUAUGUUAUUAUUAAGGUCGCUACCUAUCCAUAGAUUUUCCCCCAAAAAAACUUUUAUUAUAAAAAAAAAUUAAUUUUGCUGAUAACAACACAUUUUUAUGUUGUUUCUUUUUUUUUUCAUAUGUAUAGAUGAUUAAAAUUUCCUGAACUUUACUCUUUUUUUUUUGAUAUUUCUGAAAAAAAAAAUGUAAAUUAUUACAGCAUAAAAAAAAAUUAUAAUCACAUUAGCCCAAUUCUAAAACAUUUACUCUGGUUACCUAUUUCUUAUAGAAUUGAUUAAAUGUUUGAACAACUUAGCACCUGUUUAUUUAUCUGAACUCUUAAAUAUGUAUGCAUCAUGGCCAUGUUUAAGUUCUUCAGAUGAUAUUUUUCUUUAAAGUCCAAACCUUUACAUUUUUGGUAAAGAUCUUUUAGUGUUCAGGCACCUGAUUUAUGGUGUAAGUUAACCAUAUGACAUCAUCUCCUGUUAUAAAUGUUAAGAGACCUACUUUUAAGAACAAAAUCAAAAAUCAUUUAUUCCUUCAAUCUUUUAAGAUAAACAUGCAUAUAUAUAUAUAUAUUGCAGUUUACAUCGAUUCUUGUGUUGUCUUAGUAUUUUCAAAUCCUUGAUGAUGCAGCUACCAAAGCAAUGUUUUGUUCCACACGUGUAUCAUGUAGCACCAUGGGUCUUUGUAGCACCAUGGGCCUUUCUGUCAGACGUGGAGAGCGGGAGAUGUCAGACCGGUCACCACAUCUUACAUACGACCCAUGCAUCUUUUCUUACUAAAUAUUUCUGCAGCCUUGUGGUCGUCUAGAAUUUGUCUCUAGCUGUCUUUGCUUCUCCUUCACGUUGUGGGUUUGCUUCUUACUGCUUUCUUAAGACGUUUGCCUUCCCCAGUUAUAACAAUGCAACAUUUUAUAUAGCAUAGCCGAAUAUAUGUAUACAAGCAUAGCACAGAUUACAAUACUAGCUAAAACCAUUUCUCCACCCUAGCCAGCCUCGCGGCUGUCUAGGAACUCAGAUGGAACCUCUCUGGAAUCUAAUGGAGUUCUGUUUCAAAUAAAUAUCUUAUAUAGCACUCACGUAUAUCGCGCAUAACAGAGCGUGUUCAUGGCCAUGAACUUGUGUAAUUAACAAAAUGAUUGGUUUAAUUAAACCCAAUGACGCAAUAGUACUUUUCCUUUCACACGUGCUCUCUGUGGUAUUUUAUAGACACAUAUUUUGGCUAAAUAACUCUUUUUUUUAUAUAACAAUAUGUCAUUUAUAUAUACCCUAAGUUGAUUUAAGUACACACUAUAUAUAAUAUAUUUGUGAAUAUGUUUGAAACUCCUAACUUGCCAAAUAUAUUAAUUAAUGAAAUAUACAGCUAUCUUAUUUCUCUAUUCUUUGUCUAUACAUUUAAAAACAAUGUCGCCACGACGAUAUUGCUACAUCUUUUGUCAGACGUGGAAAGCGGGCACACCCUAAAACCGGUCGCCACAUCCUACGUAUGACCCAUGCAUUCUUUUCUUACUACAUAUCUUAGUAGCCUUGUGAUCGUCUAGUAAUUUCACUUACCGUCUUUUGCUUCCCCUUCACGUUGUGUAUUCUCUUCUUCUUAUCUAUGUCAGUAAGUUAAGACUUUUGUCUUGCCAGGAAUAACAAUGCAACAGUUCCUUUUUACAUUUUAUAUAUUAAGCUGGUUACAUAUGGUACAAUGCAUAAUAUAAUAAAGUCAUUCUCUCAAACCCCAUCCAGCCAGACUCGCCCCGAUUUUGCUAUAUCAUAUGGUCUAGGAACUCAUAUGUAAUCUACGGAAUCUAAUGAAAAUCUGCCUUAAAGGCUUGCCAGGAUUUCUUUUAUAGCACCCAUAUGGACACCACACACAGACUAAUCUAUUCAUGACCCUGGACCUGUGCAAUUACUGAGAUGAUCGGUUACUUAAGUCAAAUAAUGCAAUUAAUAAAUUUCCAAUCACGUGUGAUCUGGUGAUUUUUUUCUUGACACAUAAAACAGCUAUGUUUUGAUUCUAUAACUCUUUUUAUAUGUCAACCUGUCACUCAUUUUUAGUACAAUUAGCCAAAGACAUUAAUUAAUACAAUAUAAUGCCAUCAUUAUAGAGAAAUUCUAGCAAUAUUGCUACAAUCAACUAGCUUUACAAAUUCAUUCACAACUGGUUGUAGUGUACUAAAAUUGGGUCUCUGCAAAGCAGAGAAGAAUUUUGUAAAUUGUAACACCGUACAUGUAUGUCUUUUGUAUGUAUUUAUAUUGAAAGCAAAAAUGUAAUAAAAAUUACUGAAAAAAACUAACAGAUAUUUUUAUUUAUUUUUUUAUUUUUUUUUUUUUUUGGUGGAAAAAAUGUAUGGUUAAUAAAUUAAAAUAAAACAUUGGCGGAAACAAAUGGAACCCAGAGUGAGCACUGGGCAUAUAUGUUGCAAUUUAUAUAGAUUCUUGUGUUGUCUUAGUAUUGUAAAGUAUAGGUAUAUGUGGAAGGGUGGCUAUAACAAUCUUUUGUAAAAAUAAAUAAAUGGAAGAUAAAAUUAAAAAACUUAUGAUAUUGUCAUUAAUGGUCAUCAUUCCGAUGAGACGAAAACCCGAGGUCCCGUCUAUACA